AUGGCUCAAACCGAUUUCAAUCAGCCAAAACUAGAUAUGACAAAGGAGGAGAAAGAGAGGUUGAAGUAUUUGGAGUUCGUGCAAGCUGCUGCUGUUGAAGCAUUGCUUCGCUUUGCUCUCAUUUACGCAAAGGCAAAGGACAAGUCUGGUCCAUUGAAACCAGGUGUUGAAUCCGUUGAAGGAGCUGUUAAGACCGUGGUCGGUCCUGUCUAUAACAAGUACCACGAUGUCCCCGUCGAGGUUCUUAAAUACAUGGACCAGAAGGUAUCCCUAGUUUUUUUUUGUCAAGAUAUCCCUAGUUUUUUUAGAUUUUUAUAUUUGACUAUUUAG